UCUCGAGAAAAUUCGUGGAGCACUCACGGAGAAAAUUGUGACAUGCCCUCAAAUAAUGAGGGUAUGUUAGUUUCUCGAGAAACACCAUGGAUACUGAGAGCGUUGCACUUUUAGAUCAAUUGCAUUUGAAACAUGGGCAUCACGCUAAUGCGUUAAACAGUUCGUACGUUGAAACUACGGAGGGCGUGCGCAUGCGUCUUCGAGCGCUCCUUGUGGCACUGCUGGGAAUCUCGAUGUCUGCGUGUGCGUUUGCCUCGCAGCCCGUCGAAUUGGAACUAGACGACGACGAGGUUGCGCAGAAACUUAACAACGUUAGUUUCGCUAGGCGCAUAACGAAGCCAACGAUUAGAUUGGUGAUGGGUUACGGCAAACUGAGCGCAUUUGUUACCGCCGUGUCUUCAUUGUUACUCCUUGUUGCAAUUAUGUCUAAGCAGGCGUGGUGGCGCCGUGGUGCACGUUGGUUGGCAGCACCAGCUCUACUCGUAGCUGCGCUUGAAGCAGCCUCUGACGCAGGUGAUGCGAUGAUAUCUGCUCUCCUUAGAGGCACCUCUAACCCCGGCCACGUUGCUCUGCAAACGGUUGCCGCUGCUAUACUUGUGACCGUCGAAAUACUUGUCUGGUACUUCAUAGCUAAGUUCUUUGAAUAUAAGCCAACAAUAAUAGUUGACGAAAAGGGCGAGGCGAACAAUAUAAUCAAGCCAAUGACUUCAACGCCGGAAUUUGUAGCUCAGCAGUAAUAAAAAUUCAAUAUUAAUAUACCUUUCCAAAUUAAAAUUUUCGUGGGUA